UAAGGCAGCAGCAUGUCUGAAGUCAAACCCAGCCAGAGGUUUCACAGCCUGAAGCCUGAGCAAGUGGCAGUUCUCCAUCAGGUUUUGUCAGACAUUGUUCCCAUCCACGGCCGUGGCAACUUUCCAACUCUGGAGCUCCGCCCUCGAGACAUCAUCAUUGCUGUGCGGGCAAGUCUGCGGAAGCAAGGCAUCAUAGUCAGAGACGUGCGCCUAAAUGGCUCCACGGCAAGCCAUGUUCUGGUCCAAGACAACAGAAUGAGCUUCAAAGACCUGGAUAUUAUUUUUGGGGUGGAGUUGCCCAGUCAAGAGGAGUUCCAGGUGAUCAAAGAGUCAGUGCUUGGUUGCUUGCUGGACUGCCUGCCGGCAGGGGUCAACCGAGAGAGGAUCAGCAGUGCAACAAUGAAAGAGGCCUACGUCCAGAAGAUGGUCAAAGUCUUUAAUGAGCAGGACCGCUGGAGCCUCAUCUCAUUGUCAAACAACAGCGGCAAAAACCUGGAGCUCAAAUUUGUUAGUAUGCUCAGGAGGCAGUUUGAGUUCAGCGUUGAUUCCUUCCAAAUCAUUUUGGAUCGUCUUCUCGAGUCCUACCUGCAGGAGUCGCCGCACAAACAUAAUGUUCUGGCCGAGAGCAUGUACGGUGACUUUGAGGUUGCCAUGGAUCACCUGCGCUACCGCUUGAUCGCCACGAGAAAUCCUGAGGAGAUUAGAGGUGGCGGCUUGUUGAAAUACAGCAACCUACUGGUCAGGGACUAUCGACCGGCCAGUGAAACUCAAAUAAAGACACUGGAGCGUUACAUGUGCUCACGCUUUUUCAUUGAUUUCCCUGAUGUGCAGGAACAGCAGAGAAAGAUCCUCUCUUACUUGAAGAAUCACUUCAUUGGUGAAGAGAGAAGCAAGUACCAGUACCUAAUGACACUUCGCCGCGUGGUUGACGACAGCACGGUGUGCCUGAUGGGCCACGAAAGGCGCCAGACUCUCAACAUGAUCACAGUGCUCGCACUGAAAGUUCUUGGGGAGCAGAACAUUAUUCCCAACACAGAUCAGGUCACAUGUUUCUAUCAGCCUGCGCCAUACCUUGCAGAGCACAACAACCCCUAUUUAACGGAACCCAGCUACUGCAGCUAUUACAUACCCCAAGGCGCGUCAACUCUCCUUUACCAGCCAUACCCCUUGCACAUGCAAACACAAACGGGACUAGUUUAA